GCGAGCUCAAAACAGACGCAGCGCGCGCUCCUUUCUGCAGCACGCGAAUCGGAGGUCCUCUCUGCUGUUUGAGACUGUACAGGCAAAAUCAGUUUCGGAUAACAUCAAGAGUCGAAAACAUCUGUGUGCAUCAUGAAGUUUGCAGCUUUAGUCUGCUUCGUUGCUUUCUUCGCUGCAGAUGGAGGGUCCAAACCAGUUGAACAGCAGAGCCAAAGAGAGGACCUGCUUACCCAGUGUUUAGUUCACAUCCUUUCAAAGGCGCUGUAUAAGAGUGAUGAUACUCCGCUGGAUCCAGAAUGCAAAAACAUCCUUACAUCAGGUCAUUCCUUAGUUGUGAAAAAGGAGGAAGACACUCUAAAACCAGCUCAAGAGGAGCUUAAAAAACUAAGAGGAGAGUCUACAGUCAAGGAGGAGAAACUCAUAGAGGAUCUUCUCAAAGCUGACAAACGGGAGGAGCUGGAUGACGAACGCAGCCAGGAAGAGUUCCCAAGUUUUGUUAAAAGAAGAAUCAAAAACAGCCGUGAGGAAAUGGAGAAUGAACGUAGCCAGAAAGAGAUCCCAAGUUUUGUUAAAAGAAGAAUCAAAGACAGCCGUGAGGAAAUGGAGAAUGAACGUAGCCAGGAAGAGUUUCCAAGUUUUAUGAAAAGAAGAAUGGAAGAAAAACGUGAUGAACUGGAUGAUGAACGAAGCCAGGAAGAGUUUCCAAGUUUUAUGAAAAGAAGAAUCAAAGAAAAACGUGAUGAACUGGAUGAUGAACGAAGUCAGGAAGAGUUCCCAAGUUUCUAUAAAAGAGGCAACAAGCAUAAAAGAGAAGAUCCUGAUGAUGAGAGAAGCCAAGAAGAAUUUCCCCAAAAAAGAUAUUUUUCCGUCCUCUACAAACGGGAUAAUCCUGAUGAGGAGCGCAGCCAAGAGGAAUUUCCUGUAUAUGAAUAUAAAAGGAGUCAUCUUCUGACCAGCAGAGAAAAACGUGAAGAGCCGGACUAUGAUAGAAGCCAAGAAGAUUUCCCAAUUUACACCCACAAAAGAAACCAUGGGGAUGGAGAAGAAGAGGAUGAGGAGAGUGAGGAAAGAGAGAAGCGGACCUGGAAGCCAUCACAUAGAUACCACCACAAGAAAAAGCACCACAAACGCAAUGAGAAUGAGGAUUUUGAAGAACCAGACUAUGAUAGAAGUCAAGAAGACUUCCCAAGCUACAGCCAAAAAAGGAGUCAAUGGGAUGAGGGGCACAUCAAGCCAAAUAAACACCUGCAGAAUGAGCAACUUAAUGAGGACUUAAACUCCCAGGAAAAGAGAUCUGAAGAAUCAGAAGAGGUAGAUGAGGAUAUCGCAAAGCGAUACUGGAAACCCACCCAUAGAUACCACCAUAAGAAACACCACAAACGGGACUCAUCUGAAGAGGAUUAUGAGGAAAGACCCCUGGAAAAAAGGAAUGAGGACUCAGAGGAGAGUGAGGAAAUGGACAAAAGGAUCUGGAAGCCCACACACAGAUAUCAUCACAAGAAGCUUCAUCACAAGCGUGGCGACUCCAUAGAGUCUGAGGACGAAAAUGAACCCAUCUCAGAGAAGACUCAGAGUCUCCAUGACUCAACAGAUGCCGCCUUCAAGCACCAUUCACCUAAAGAGGAAAAACAGGAAAUUGCCCACGAGCUUAAUGAAAAGAGGCAUCCAUUAACCACCCAAGAGGAAGAAGAUGAGCUGAAGAAAGGACACCAGAGUUCAGCAGAGGAGAAGCAGGACAGAGAUGCUGCAUUGAGGUACCUAACAAAAAAGAAGAAUGAGUUACAGGAACGUCUCCUUAACAAAGGUGACGUCUAUGAGAAGCGUUCCCCAUGGAUUAACAGAGAAUACUAUCAUCCAGCCUGGUACAAAAGAGGCCAUAAUGUGGGUGAGAGCACUGACCAGCACCCCUACCAUAAACUAGAGGACCUCGCCGAGACUCUCCGGUACAAAAGAGGCAUACUUACUCAGGAGGAAGAGGGUGUCCCCCAACAGAAGCUAAUUACACCAGAUGAGUUAAAAGAACUUGAGAAACUGGCCUCUGUGGAUCAACAGAAGGAGGCAACUUAAUCAUUCCUAGGAUCCGCUGAAACAUCAUCUUCUUACGCUGCCUGAUUUGAUUUGCCAUGUGUGCUUACUUGGGCUGCUUUAGAUGAAUGCAUUACUAUAUGUUGUACCCUAU